UAUCACCAAGCUUCCUCUUCUACAUCUUGCCCCUCUAUACAGCCUGAUAGUCAUCCCGACUACAUAUCCCCCACCAUCCUCUUACACCAAGAAGCGCGACAACCACACAAGCCGCCUACAAUGUCAAUGUUCACAAUGUCCCAACAUCACCAAUAUGCCUACCCGGCAACAACUCCCGCUCCCAGGGCUUACUCAGGACACGGUACCAGCAGCGCCUUUAGCAGCUCCGCCAAUCCUGAUGAAGACUGGACCAAGAUCUCCGACCUCGCCGAGCGCAGGAGAAUCCAGAACCGCAUUGCCCAGCGCAACUACCGCAAGAAGCUCAAGAGACGCCUCGAAGACCUCGAGAGACGCGCUGGCCAGGAAGGCACAUCCCCCACCGAGAAGCCUGCGACAACCAAGAGCACCAAGACCAAGGCGGCGAGCAAGCAACAAAAGACGCCCCCACCAACCAAGACCAUGAACCAGGGCCAAUUCACUCCUCCUAUGAACAACGACGACGAGGUCUUCUUCCAACAACAGCACUACGAGGAUGACCGCGGAAGAUCCAUCACUCCUCCGUUCCUCACAUAUUCGACCUACCCCCCUGCCGAAGAGAUGAUCAUGGCUCCUGCAUACACCACACAACCGUACCCCAUGUCAGCCGCCGAGUAUCCCACAUAUCUCGCGGCAGCGGUACCGGUGACACUCCCGCCCAUGAACCACUUCCAAGACGCCAUCAAGCGCGAAUCAUACCACAGCGACGAUGGUCUUUCUCCGUACAUGAACUACGCGUACAUGCCCAGCAUGGAUAUGAACGCGCAAAGCUCCUACGACCCCACGAACCCUCAUCAGACUCCUCCGCUCUCACACUCGUUUGACCACUCGGCCAACUGUUCCGACGCCGGCUACGAGUAUCCCACAACACCACUGUCCAUGCCGGGAUCUCCUGGCCUGAUCCAGCAAUAGAGAACGCAGCGCGAAGGACGAGGAAAAACAAACAUGCAACACCCUUAUUUAUCGGAGCGUAGCAUUUCUGGCGACUUCAAUUUGGGUUUCUAUUACCACUUGACUCUUUUUAUCCACCACCCCCCUUUUUUUUCCUUUUCGACAUGUUCAGCGUGGCUUUGGCCAGGAGUUCGGGGGCGUCUGGAUCGCAUGUAUCGGUCGAAGCGCUCGACCUCACGGAGAUAUG